CAACAAACAUGCUUCGCUUGUCUUCUCGUCUCGUUCUUUUGAAAGAAGUCAGAGAGAGCCAAUGCCAUGAUCCAAAACAGAAAGGCAGCAGGUUCUUUUUUUGAUAUCUAGCAGUGACACCAGCAGUCGUGUUGACUUCAAUUAGUUGCUGUGCCCGACACCCUGCACCGUGUUACUUGCAUCCGCGCAGCACAGAUGUUUGCAAAGAUACCACUACGCGGUGAAGUUGUACUCAAUAGUGCCGCACGACACGAAGAUACGCACACUGCUACAAAUAUGUCCACGCACCACCUUCCACUAAAAGUAGCAGUACCAGACUAUGCGCUAACUACGAACGCCACUUCUAGUACAGACACCUUCAACAUCAGCACAGUUACGCAGAAGCAGAACAAAGAUACAGAUUUUGAAUUCGAACUGGAGCUGUAUUUGAUUUACUUUUUGCUAUUUUGCCACCUGCUUCUGCUCGGUUUCUGGUUACUCACCUUUUUUGCGCUGUAUACCCGAUAUAAUCGGCCUGUAGUGGAUCAGAUUGACAAGUUUGUGUGGCUCUUGCUGCUUGUCGGCUUGUUUGAUCUGUACUGCUAAAUUACUUUACUCAUCUAUCGAAUCUUUUACACUUUCAUCUCUUCGUUCUUAUUCUUUAAAAUUCCAAUCGAAAAAUGGUUUUCCUCAUCCAUUUCGGACAUAGACGAGAAGAACAAAGUGUUUGCGGUGGUCCUGUUUCCGACAGUGCUCGGGCGACUUCCUGUCAUGGCGCUCCAGCGAACUUCGAAGCGUCCAGCUUGGCUCCGUCGAGCUUCGAAUCGUCCUUUGUUUUGCCGCUGGGGACGCACGAACUGCGAGUGCAGGGACUCUUCCGGUUGAAAGUGGACGUGUUGUCCGGGAGAAAAGCAGUGCUGCAGAGCAGCGAGGCAGUCGGAUGCAACGGAAAAGUUUUGCUUCCGUCCCAUCGUGUAGUUCUGGAGCUCAACGACAGAAGUGCCAAUGUCGCCGACCCUACUACUUCUACAGGGGGGCAGGGAACGCGAGCUCGAGCGCGCCAAGAAGUUGCGAUCCACACGCUGCUGCGAAGCGACAUUAAAGGAAUUGAAACGGCUCCUGCCACUGCCACUUCGAGCAACGACGCGGCAAGCGCGUCGCUGCACGACGAUCUUUUGUUACCUCCGCGGCAUGAAAAUGAAAGCAAGACGAGUCGUCGCACGCGAAGACUUCCCGACGGCCCCUCGUCAUCGCCUGAGGAGACCUGCAGCAAGAAUUUUUUCUCGCCCCUUCCGGUCUGCGUUUUCGUCAUAGAGCCCUGGCGUUUCUGCAUCCACAAGGCGCUGGCCGCCGAGAGCAGAAAAGAAAAGGAGAUGCACUUGUCCCACUCUACUUCAUCGCGACGCCAAGAUCAAGUAGACGAACCGCAAGCUGGCUCGCAUGUUGCCGCUCCGUCACUCUGCACAAGAAGAAAAAAGAACCUGUCAGAGGAAGAUGCGCACGCGAUGUUGGCGGGAGCAGCGACACCGUCGUUCCAGGGUUUCGAAUCUCUGAAGUAUCUGAUCGAAAAGAAACUAGGCGGCGAAUUGCUGCAAAAGCUAGAAAUUAUGGGAGGCGCAGCAAACACGAGGAACACUUCCUUCGCAUCUCCAACUUCUGAAAAAAUGGAAGCAGCAACGACGUCAACCUCAACCUCGACUGCUUGUAAGAAUGACUUGCUGGUGCCUGAUGUGAGGACAGAGAACUUCCGAGGAAGACAUGUCAGGACGGCUGCGAGGACCUUCUUGGUGAUGCAGGAGCUCAAGCUCACGCAGCCUUUCCUGCAAGCGUGGGUGCAACAACCGACAUGCAGCAUCGUGACCGAGGCUUUUGUCCUGUCUGCUUGCCGGGAAACACAACAAGAGAAGAAACUCGUCUUUCAUCAGUCGGGAACUUGUAGCAGCGCCACAGAUCCGAUCGUUGUGAAAGUGAAUUUGCCGCUCGAACCUGCGCCCCUCGCGUUUUUCCCUACAGUGACGUCGACCGAAGACAUCCAUGGGCAGAAGUCCAGAGAAGUGCGAAAGAUGAAGACGUCCUUUCCAAGGGAGCUGCAAAGCUCUUUGGCCGUCGGGUUGGAGAAAACCAAGAGAUGGCUUCUGCCGCAGCUGCUUCGGGAGAGGGCACGUGUCUGUGACAAAGACAAGUUAAUACAGGACGAGGGACCUGCUCCCCAGCUGCCUCAACAUGCGGGUGAUGAGCGACGAACUGAAGACAGCACUUCGUCGUCGUGCUCCGCGUCCGUUCUUUUUGCCUCCUUCCGGUUUGCUUUCUUGAACAAGCGAUCCCGUGACCGUUUGCGACACUUCGUCAUUGCUUGCGGCGGUAAAGAGUAUAACCACCGAGAGCAGGCGGAGGAAGUCGACAUCGAUAGCAGUGGGCCGCACCUGUGUUCUACUACUCGCGGCGAGAAGCUCGUCGUUGUUUCUGUGGUCAAGCAGGACUACAGCGGGAAGAACAAGAAUGAAGAAAGAGAUGACGCGAAGAUUAGCACCCUCGAGGAAACUGCGAAGCAGAACCACAAGGAGAAAGACGCUGACCGCAUCUUCUACCCGUUCCCCGUCAAUUCCGCCAUAGACUUGUACUCGGCAAUACUUGCACUAGAUUCUUCGAAGCUCUGCGCAGUCGAAAAUUCCCGGGCCUACACCGAGUGGCUUGCCCAAAAAAAACGCCGCGACGCACAACAAGGUGCUGCCGCAGGAGGUGACGAUGAGAAAAAAGCCGAGCAGUUGCAAGAACGAGUAUCAGGGCGAGAGGCGGCACUGAAUAAAGAACAAGCCGGCGCACUAACGAGUCUGAUGCAGCACAGCACAGAUAAUAUGAGCGCACCGGACGAGGAGCGUGCUUCGACCACGUGUUCUUUCGCAGCAGGAGAGUGCUCCCGGAACAACAGGCAACCGACGAUGCUCCCCCCCGCACCUGUACCGCCGAAAGCGAAGUACGGGCAUCCCACUGAUCAUCUUGGGAAGCCUGGUCAACAAGUACAUCCUGUUUCUGUACAACAGUCGGACCAUGACAUGAUGAAAAAGGACAAGGACGCGAGUAUUUGUCAAGACGUCGUUGACGAUUCGUGGUUUGCGUCUCUGAUGUCGAGGGCCGAAGAUUGCCUUGCCAUGCCGACACAGGUGGUGUUUUCCCAGACGAAAGAAUUUGAAGUCGGGCAGCAAGAAGCGAGGCAUAGAGUACAUGGGACGUCGUUGAAACCGCAGGACCUCCCGAGGGGCGCGCUCCCGCCCAGAACUGUAGGGGUAGACGAUAUUGGUCCACGACCUUUGCCAACAUUCCCAGCGGCCCAGAACGACUCUGCUGUCAUUCUCAACCUUUCCGAGUUUCCCGCUGGGUCUAGCUGCUCUGCAGCCAAAAGGUGCACUGGUUUGCCAUUACCGGUAGGCGACAUGGUAAACCAGGAUGCCAACUUCGCUGGAAACGCGCAAAACGAUGAUCCGAAUGCAGAAAAGAACACAUCAGUCGUGGAACUCGACUCUGCUCGUGCAGUCCACGAGGGCUGCGGGCACGUGUUGGGAGACGCGGCCCCGCGAAAUGUGCCGCGCCCAACACGAAAACGCAAUGUGCUGGUAAAAAUGCAGAACAAGAAGACACUGCAUGCACAUUCAUCGAGCGAGGCGCAUCUUUUGCACGACCAGUUCCAAAGCAAGCGCAACGCGCCUGUGGAAAGCGAAGUCGCACCGCAUGUUGUUGGUCCAGAAGGUGCUGACGCUGUACACAAUGUGUCUACGAAGCAAGAAGCCGACCAGGAGAGCGCCGGCAACAGCGGUCUUCCUCUUCCAAACCAGAUCGAGUAUCAAACUCCGGCGUUCGAAGAACACGGCGAGCCUUCUGGCGUGACGAACAAAAGCUCUUCGCCUGCAAAUGCCACCAGUCACAGUCAGAGAAUGUGGCAAGCGCUGGAGCAGGAAGCGAAUUUUUUCCACGUUGCACCGCGGCUGACCGACAGUCAGAAGCGCGAUCUUCAGAUUUUGGGACUUUCCGAUAAGUCGCUUAACCGAGGCGAAAAUAACGGGCAGCAGCAGGAGAUAGCGCAGACCUUCGACAUGAAGACUCUAAUCCAGAAAGCGUAUCGAAGUCUGGCUCUUCGUUACCACCCGGACAAGCAUAGCACUCACACUUCAUCUGUAGGAGUCCAACCGCCGGCGUGCGGCGCCGACUUCGUGCAGCUGACAACCGCCCGGGACAAUCUGUUACGCGUUUUCGCCGGUUCUUCAAUCAACAAGAAGGACACAGGAAACCCUUCGUACCAAAGCGGACGCACGGCGAAUUGCGGGCAAACCGAAGUAGGCAAUUCCGGGCGAGCGCUCCGAGCGACACGGGACGCGCCAGCAGCUGCUUUGGGGCAAGAAGAAGGGAAGCGAAAGCGCACCGUUCUGGAUGAUCUGUUUUCGCAAUCACAGAUCCUGACGGGCGCGGAGGCCGAAGCUUUCCUGCGCGCACGCGAUAUCCAGGACGACCACAAGGAUCAUCUUGGUCAAGAACGUGGCGAGGGCUCAAAAUGCCACAACAGGGACGACCCACAAAUUGACGUUGACGUGGCACCUCCAGCAGCUGUUUCUCUAUUCGAGAGUGAGAAAGCACAGGACAACAAGUUGAUGCCACCAUCUCCUUCUGCUCGACGCCACGACGGGGCUGAAGUAACUGCUGAAAAGGACGAUGGAGCUGAUUGCAACGAGUUCCUUCCGCCUGUGAAGAAGCAAAAAAUACAGGAAAAGCAGCAGCUACAAGAACCCACGCGUGGUGUAGUAGACGCGAUUGAUGUUCCAACGUUUCUUCAACCCAGCUUCUUUAACGCUUCCGCAACGCCCACAGCAAAAGCCAGCACACCGCAGCCGGAUUUAAGCAUGAGCGGAGGCCUAGUACCUGCCGUUUCCGCUCCCCCGCCUUCAUCCUUGUUUCAAUCGCACCCAGGGAUACAGCACAAGGCACCUGAGAGAGCUGCUGGAGAUCAGGUGGAAAAUAAUGGAGCAGCCAGGAAUGAUGUCAUUGCGAAUGCCAAUGCGACCGCGUCUGCGAUGAUCGUGCAGGGCCAGGGGCUGGAAGCUCUGGACUGCCCCAGCGAAGAAGACCACAAGGAAGGGAAGCAUGAUGCGAAGAUCGCAGAAGAAGAAAAAGAAGAUGCGAUACGUGGAACAGAAGAAAAAAUCGAUAUUCGUUCGCGUGGUACAGCUACAGGCGCACAAACAGGACAUGGACAUGUGGGGGAGCGGACCGACAUAUCAAAGCUGAUCAACAUGAUGCCGCCGGUGGAGCAAAAUCAAGCUCAAGGUGCAGAACAACUUCAACAAGUAGAGCAAACCGAUCCCUUCUUACAUAAUCAGUUACCACGACCGGAUGUUUCGGCGGUGCAUGGUCAAGCCGCAAAAGAGGACCGAAAUAACGGCCCUGUGCAGGCACACCAGCAAGAAACGCGCGCUCCGCAGCAACAAACUUUCACAAGAAGCACAUCCUUUCCAGCACAAGGCACCUCCGGCUCUUCCAGACCGGACAACCUGGCGUUUGUGAAUUGUUCUGCAGCACCCAGCUCUUUUGCAACGAGCUUCCUCGCCGCGAGGGUUCCCAGCUCAGGAGUCACGACGCUGCCUGCUGCUCGAGCCCAGCCGCGUGGGGCUCUGUCACUCCGAGGACAGGAAUCAGCAGCGUUUGCAACGGGUGCACGCAUGCAUGAUUUCGCCGUACCAGUAGCGACCGCGGCAAAUAAUUUUAGGGCUGCGGGAGAAGCAGAAACGAGCAGACGACAGGAUCGCCAGACUAGAUCGGGAUAUCAAUCGAUGGGUCCACCACCGGGACGCAUCGGUCCCUCCGCGCUGGAUGAGCUGCGUGGCGGGACUGGGAUCUUUCGAGAGUAUCACGUACCGAGCUACAAACGGGAUCAGUUUCGAAGGUGCGUGGAGAAUCAUUGGAGCACGGGUCCGUAUGUGAAGGGAGGUGGUCACAAAGUUGUCCCUGAUCGUGAUGGUUGGGUGCGGAAGUCUGGAGUCAAAUGAGCGACGAAGGGAUGUUGUGUAUGGGUUCUUGUUUGUUCUUGGUCACUUGAUGCCGCUCUCUCUACGAGUGCUAACUGAUCAAGAUGAAGUUUUUUACAGCGACGCGUUGUUACAAUUUGUUUAUAUCAAAGAAUGUUGGCAGGAGAGUUUUUUGAAAAAAACAUUUUUAAGUACUAUAGCCGAAUGGGAAUCAGAACCACAACCAAGCGAAGGCUCGAUAGUAUAGCAGAGCUUCCACUUUUGACGGACCGCUUAUCUAGGAAUGAAUCAAUACGAUUACGAAAAGGAAAACUAAUAUGCGAACUUAAUAUUUUCAACGGGAUGUUGUACUCCAACACAUCAGGAGAAGUAGAGCUAUGUUUGUAUGAUCACGUUUUGCGACCCUGGCAAUGUUUCGUUUGUUUUGACAAAAAUGUAUAAAUUGAGUAUAGUAAUAGUCCCAGUCCGACUCCGAGCAUCAGCAAAGUGACGCUUUGUGGCGUGCCGGUUUUGAGUGAGUAACUGUAAACCUCGCCCGAUGGCGAUGACAUGGACGAG